CUGCUCACAUACUCUGGACACAAGCUCUGCCUUUGAAGGGCUCUGUGUAAAUACAGGGGGAGGAAGAGGAGUUGUUCUGAUGGUAGGAGUCUAACUUUGGGCAAAUGAACUGAAGAGGAGUUUCUAACCAACAGCAUUGUAUUCACAAUGCUAUUUCCUUUUAAUUUGCUGGCUUGAGCAUAGCACUUGUCCCUGAAGGAUACCAGGUGCUUGAGACAAAGUAGAAAUGCGGCAAGUGUCAGUGUGAGGUUUGUCUUCAGAGUGCGGAGCUGAGAGCUUACAAGCAAGACUGUAAAGUUAAAAGAAAGACAUUCAACAUGCCUUUCUUCAGGAGAAACCUUGCAAGUUUCUUUGCAACAGCUGAACAUACCUGACUUUAAGGAGAAGGAUGUGAAGAAGGAGGUGAUUGUACCAGCUGCUUGGGAUGAGCUCUGGCAUUGGAUCUCCCUGCGCGGCUGGAGUGCAUCGACAACCUGGAUGUUUUGUGGGGGCUUUCCUUCAUCCUAAACAGCACAGGACUGUUAGUUUGGAGAUAGUUAUUUUGGAUAAAAAACUAAAGACCAGACAGUUCUGCACCUUUUUUUAUUUUCUUGAGAUGUCACUUGCUAGUCUGCCCUGCUUGUGUGAGGAGCUGUGACUUUUUUAUGCAUACUGAUCACGCUAAAAGAAGACUGAAGCUGUGGCAAGAUGUCCUGUCUGCUGGGUGCAGCAUUGUAGGAACUGAGAGUGUGUUGCAACUUCAUGCAGAAAGCAUCUUGAUAUUUUCAGUCCAUUAUCCAAUCCUCCUUUUUACUUUCUAGUGGAACUAGGUAUUGGUUCCUGAAGAAAAGCAUAUACAAUACAAAUAACUGCAGUGCACCCUCUUCCAGGACUCAACUGCAGCCUUUUUAUCAUUUUUGGUAUCAUCUGAAUUUGACAAAGAAAUUUCACACUCCAUUGACAUUUAAAAACAAAAUCAGAGUAUUUUUCAGUGUGUUAGAAGAGAGUUAUUCUAAAGAGGAGAUCUUUCAUUUCCUUUGCUGAAUCUUUGGUGAAGAUACACCCAUGUCUCAACGCCGCCUUUUAAGGGAAGGACAUGAAAGUCCUUUUAGGAUCCUACAAAGAUUCUUCCAAAUCCCUCAUGGCAGAAGGCACUCAAGAAAUAACCCACAUCAAAUAUGUUCUGAUGAGAUCAUGCAUCAGGACAUCAUUCCCCUCUAUGCUGCAGAUAUUCAAGACCAAUUAAAGAAACAAUUUGCUUAUCUGUCAGGUGGAAGAGGGGGAGAUGGCUGCCCUGUUAUCACCUUUCCAGACUAUCCAGCUUUCAGUGAGAUUCCUGAAAAAGAGUUUCAGAAUGUCCUGACCUACCUGACAAGCAUUCCAAGUUUACGAGAUGCUGGAAUUGGAUUUAUUCUUGUCAUAGAUCGCAGACAAGACAAAUGGACCUCCGUGAAAGCUUCCAUACUGCGGAUAGCAGCAUCUUUCCCAGGAAACCUGCAAUUAGUCCUUGUUCUACGCCCAACAGGAUUUUUUCAUCGAGCUCUCUCAGACAUUGCUUUCAGAUUCAACAAAGAUGAGCUUAAAAUGAAAGUACCUAUCAUAAUGCUGGGCUCAGUAUCAGAACUGCAGGGUUACAUUGAUAAGACACAAUUAACAGAAGAUCUUGGUGGCACCCUGGAUUACUGCCACAACAGAUGGCUGUCCCGUCGCACUGCUAUAGAAGGUUUCGCCCAAAAGGUUAAGCAAACAGCUCAGAUUCUUCAGUCCUUUGGGACUGAGCUGGCUGAAACAGAACUACCAAAUGAUGUGCAGUCAACCAGCUCCCUUCUUGCAACACACACAGAAAAGAAGGACAAAAUGAAGGAGGAUAUCAGGGUAGCAGUAGAACAGGGAGAUGAUAUCCUUGGAAGUAUUACAAAACCAGUUACUGAGAAUCCUGAAUACAAACUGAAUCAAGAUCAGCUAGACAAUCAAACAACAGUAGAAAGGCUACUGGCUCAAUUACAUGAAACAGAGACUGCCUUUGAUGAGUUUUGGAUUAAGCACCAGCAAAAACUAGAGCAGUGUCUGCACCUUCGGAAUUUUGAACACAAUUUCAGAGAGGUCAAAGCAGCUUUGGAUAUUGUGUCUGAGAGACUGUCUGCUUUCACAGAUGUGGGAAACAGCCGUUCACACGCGGAGCAUAUUUUAAAAGAUCUCGCCAACUUUGAAGAAAAAUCACAUGAAACUGUAGCAAAAGCCAGAAUGUUAGCUUCAGAGCGUGAUGCUUUUAUUCAAAGCAAUCAUUAUGCUGUGGACUCCAUUAUUCCAAAAUGCAGUGAACUUCAUCAUCUCUGUGAUGCCUUCACUACUGAGACAGAACGGAGGAGAAACCUUCUUAACAAAUCUCUGGAACUGCAUGAUUUACUAGAGAAGUCCAUGAAGUGGUGUGAUGAAGGAAUUUACUUGCUGGCUUCCCAGCCAGUGGAUAAGUGUCAAUCUCAGGAUGGUGCAGAAUCAGCAUUACAGGAGAUCGAGAAAUUCCUGGAUACUGGUGCUGGCAAUAAAAUCAAGGAGUUGAAUAAAAUUUACAGAGAGUAUGCACACAUCCUCAAUGAAGACCUAAAGGAGCAUGUGCAAAAGGUUUUCCAGAAGCAAGAAAGUAUGGAAGAAAUGUUUCAAAAGCGGCAAGUAAGUCUUAAGAAGCUGGCAGCUAAGCAGACACGUCCUGUUCAGCCAGUUGCUCCAAGACCUGAAGCAUUUGUAAAAUCUCCUUGUACCUCUCCAGGUCUCCAAAGAGAAAACGCGUCCAACUCAGACAGCAGCGCGCUUCGGAGGGUAAACUACAGAAAAGGAAAGAGUGAAAUGACUGAACUUCAUCAAAGCAGAGGAGGAUCUACAAUGGAUGAUGAAGAAAAUCUAGCUGUGUUACGACAGCAUGUAAUGAAUGAACUUAUAGAGACUGAACGAGCGUAUGUGGAAGAGCUUCUCUGUGUUCUUGAGGGUUAUGCUGCUGAGAUGGACAACCCCUUAAUGGCUCAUCUCAUUUCACCAGAACUGCAAAAUAAGAAAGAUAUCUUGUUUGGGAAUAUGGAAGAAAUUUAUCACUUUCACAACAGAAUAUUCUUGAGAGAACUAGAAACCUAUGUAGAAUACCCAGAACUAGUGGGACGGUGCUUUCUGGAUCAGAUGGAAGACUUCCAGAUUUAUGAAAAAUACUGUCAAAAUAAACCUCGAUCUGAAAGUUUGUGGAGACAGUUUUCAGACUCUGUAUUCUUCCAGGAAUGUCAAAGGAAACUUGACCACAAGCUCAGUUUGGACUCAUACUUGCUGAAACCCGUUCAAAGAAUAACCAAAUACCAAUUAUUGCUAAAGGAAAUGCUGAAGUACAGUAAGAACUGUGAAGGUGCUGAAGAUCUUCAGGAAGCACUAACUUCUAUACUGGGCAUUCUUAAAGCAGUUAAUGAUUCUAUGCACCAGAUAGCCAUUACAGGCUAUGAUGGAAACCUGAAUGAGCUGGGCAAGCUUUUAAUGCAGGGAUCCUUCAAUGUCUGGACUGAUCAUAAAAAGGGUCACACAAAGGUGAAAGAUUUGGCACGCUUCAAGCCAAUGCAGCGACACCUUUUCCUCCAUGAGAAAGCAGUGCUCUUCUGUAAAAAGAGAGAAGAAAAUGGAGAGGGAUAUGAGAAAGCACCUUCUUACAGCUACAAACACUCCUUAAAUAUGGCUGCUGUUGGAAUAACAGAAAAUGUCAAAGGUGAUGCAAAAAAAUUUGAAAUCUGGUAUAAUGCAAGGGAAGAAGUUUACAUCAUACAGGCACCAACUCCUGAAGUUAAAGCUACUUGGGUAAAUGAAAUAAGAAAAGUGCUGACAAGUCAACUGCAGGCAUGCAGAGAAGCUAGUCAGCACAGGACACUAGAACAAACACAGAGCUUACCUCUACCACUACCAGCAUCAUCUUGUGCAAGUCCUUCACGAAACCACAUCAGAAAUACCAAAAAAAUGGAGGAGAAAAAAGCUGAUCUCACAAGUCUAGAAGGUUGUGGUCCUACAGUAGCACCAAAGUACCCCGAGAAAGGCAAAGGUUGGGCCAAACCAUCCCAUUCUCUUGAUGCAUCCGAAGAAAAUGAUGGCUGGUCUAGUGCUGAAGAACCACUGAAUUCAUCGGAUGCAGAGGAAGAAGGAGGAGGAGGGGGAGGCGAGAUUAAGCUGACUCCUGGUAAAUAUACAGUUGUGACUGAUUAUGACAAAGGAGUUUCUGAAGAAUUUACAGUGAAAAGUGGAGAUCUAGUUCAACUGAUUCGUGAAGGGGAGGAUGGACUUUGGUUUGUAAAGAACCUGAGCAGUGGUAGAGAAGGUUGGAUUCCAGCAAGCAAUCUGCUGAUGCUCAUAGGCAACUCAAAAUCAGCUCAAUCUUUAAGCAGCUCUGAAUCAGGCACUGCCUCCAGCAAUUUGAGCACAUCAUCAAGUUGCAGUGAUAGCUGCAAUGUCAGUAGCACCAGCUUCUCUGACAUUAAGGGCUAAGAUGAAAUGUUCAUCCCACCUCCCUGGAAGGUAAAUCUGCAGACUGUCAUUUGCUGCAGAGUUCUGGACAUUGGACUUUAUUGGAGAAACACCAGUACUGUGUUGCCAGCUCUGAGUAUUUUUAGUGCUGACUUUUACAGGUUCUCCCAGAAGAUCCCAAUGAAAAGUGCAUGGAAUGUGAAGUUGUAAAUAAAAGUUAAAUGAUUUGAAAUAGGAUUUUGUAGAGGUUUCUGCUCUGAAGAGCUGUUAGGAGAAAGUGUGUUUUCUCCUUGACACACAAUCAGGUUUCUGCAGAACUGUAUCUCUUUGUAACAGCCAGAAUCUGAAUGUGAGCAAACAAAACGUGUUCAAUGCUAAAUGCUCAUUGUAAACAAAUAACAUAGCAUGUACAGGAUAGGUAUGAGGAAAAUAAAUCCAAGUUUACAAUUUCUUCUCCCCAAGAAACCCUUUCUCCAAGGACAUACCUCAGUCAAUGCAGUGAAUGGGACUCAGUGAAAAGGAUGUUGCCUAAUGGCAAUGAGGAAGGAGGUUUGAUCCACCCUUUUCUCUUGGGUUUUCAGGAUAUUCUUCUGCUCCCUAGGGGCUGGGAUGCAAACAUGACCAAUUCACUAACCACAACAACAUCAAGAGAAACUAUUACUUUAUCCUUUCCAACAUUUUAAUGACAUGUGCAAUGGAAUAGCUCUUUUCUGAGGUAUUUUGUUUGGCCUCACAACCAAAUUCUUUACCAAGAUCACUGUGUUUACAUAGCCUUGGCAAUUUAGUAGUAUCUUUUUUGUUAUGCAGGUGCACAAUGAAACACAAAUGUUCUAAUUCACUAAAUGAUUUUUUAAUAAACAGUAAUUGCAUGGUUACUUUCAGUUCUCACAAUAUGCAGUUACAGGCAGAGGAAACUCAUACAACUGCACUAUGGGUCAAGAGGCUUCCUUCAAACAAAAAUGAGGGCUGGAAAUCCAACCUAUUUUUUGGCCACAGUGUUUGUUCCAGCUUAAUUGAAAGAGAAAAAAACCCCAAUGUCAUAAUUUUUCUAUAAAAGGGGAGCACAGGAGAAAAAAAAUCACAGAGAGGGAUCAGAUUUAUGCUACAGACAAGUAUUUUAAAUUUUUUUAAAGGAAGGGUGAUGCUAAAUUUGCCAUUUUUCAGGGUAUGAUGUAAGCCAACGUUGUAAAUUUUCACUUUGUCAGACGUUCUUUGCACACCACCCUUACAAACAGUACAAAACUUAGUGCACGGAUAGAAUAUGGUAUUCAUUCCUGUCCAUCUCUCAAGUAUUUUUGCUUAUAUGAAAACAAGAUUUUAGCUGAUUUAUGCACCAUAUUAUUUAAAAAUAAUGGGGACAUGAAGAGCAUAACCUUUCAGAAGCACUAAGCACAGCAGAUUAUGUCAAUGGGAACUGCUGUUAAUCAUCAGACUCACUGGCAGCUGAGCCCUGAAUUCUAUGUUUAUGCCAGAACUGUAUGUUUUAGAGGCUGCAGAUUAGAGAACUUAAAUGACAAACAGUCCUAAGAAAGAUGCAGAAGCAACCCUACCCCAGACGCAAUCAAAAUGCAGCUGACCACGGUCAGCACAAAUUGAAGCAUGUAUAUAUACACACACAUAUAUUUAUGCACAUAUAUAUGUGCACGUAUGUGCUCGUGUGUAUGUAUCUGCGUGUGUAGAUAUGUAUAUGUGUGUAGAUAUGAUGUAUCAAUGUAAAAGAUGUAUUUAUAGUCUUCAUGCUGCUGAAUGUGUCACUUUACAAUUCAUAAAUACGUAGUUUUCUUGCAGUACUGCAAUAUAAAUGCUGAUCAGGGUUUUACUUCAGGCAUCUUUUUCAACACAGAAAUCCUCUGAUUUUUUUUUUUUUUUUUAUUAUUCCAUAUGAUACUGUUCUGACCAGGAAUAUUUAGUCUGAUAUUUAACAAUGGAAUAGCAACAUGAGAUUCAGCUUAUCUUCAUCUAUGUAAGUUAUUUUGUAAAUUAUCUGUAACAUAAUUUACUUAUAUAUUGCUGUCAUUGCUUGGAUAAGACUAUAGUUUCAUUUCUCACUGCAGCCUCAUUUGCGUUAUUUCAAUGGUUUUUCCACAUCAUUGCACUUUAAUACAACCCAUUUGACCAUUUUCUUUUUUACUGCUGUUGUGAAUUAGAAGUUCAAAGUCAGAGGUCUCUACUGUAAUUAAUUUGAAUAAAUUUCAGCACUUCUUGCUGAAUGCCUUUA